CAAGAAUUCCCAAAAGUACAGGACAAAGUGAUAUUCUGAAAACGCCAAAUUGUUCAAGAUGGUUCGUGUCGUCCACAAGUCUACCAAUUUCAAUAGCCACACAAAUUAAACUAUAAACUUACACAUCUUCAUCUUCAUCUUCAUCUUCAUCCCCUUCUCUGCAAUAAUCUCAUAUUUUCCAGCCAUCUCUCUCUGUAUACAUGUAUUUGCUUCUCCUUUCAUGGUAAUGUUUUGUGCUUAAUUAUUUUAUUGGGUGCUUCUUUUAUUUUUGCCGAUACUUACCCAGAAAUUUGCUCAACUCUGUUAAAAAAUAUAUUUUGUUUGAUUUUUGAUCUGGGGUUUUUCUGGGGUUUGCGCUUUUUUUGGGUAUUUUGACUCUUUCAAGUUUGAUUUCAUCUUCAUCAAUUAGCACCAAACCAAUAUUCAUCUUCAUCAAUCAAUCAAUCAAUCAAGCCAUGUCUUCUCUAGUAGCAAACACAAUCGCUCGUUUCUCUCUCCAACCCUCUUUGGACCCACCAUCAUCCUCAAGCCCCAACACCUUAAAACCCAGAUUCGCCAAAAUCAGAGCUGGAAUUGGGUACGAUUCAAGAACAGCCAUCACUUCUGACCCAGGUAAUAAUAGUAAUCAAUCUCUCUCUCCUGUUUCAAUUCCAAAAAAUGAAGAUGAUUUACUUCAGAAAUUCCUCAAACGAGACUAUAAAUGGGGUUUCAGUGAGAAAAUCGAUUCAUUUACAAUCCCAAAAGGGUUAUCUGAAGAAACUGUCAGGCUAAUUUCUGCCCUAAAAGAAGAACCUGAUUGGAUGCUUGAGUUUCGAUUGAGUUCGUUUCGUAAAUUCCUGAAAAUGGCUGAACCAAACUGGUCAGAUAAUCGAUACCCUAAAAUCAAUUUCCAGGAUUUGUGUUAUUAUUCUGCUCCUAAGAAGAAACCCACUUUGAAUAGCUUAGAUGAAGCUGAUCCUGAACUUCUUAUGUAUUUUGAUAAAUUGGGUGUGCCCUUGACUGAAAGGAACCGUUUAGCUAAUGUUAGUAGUAGGAAUGUGGCUGUUGAUGCUGUUCUUGAUAGUGUUUCCAUUGCUACUACACAUAGGAAGACAUUAGCGAAAUCCGGGGUGAUCUUUUGCUCGAUUUCAGAGGCCGUAAAGGAGUAUCCUGAUUUAGUAAAGAAGUAUUUAGGGAAAGUUGUGCCUAGUGAUGAUAAUUACUACGCUGCUUUGAACUCGGCUGUGUUUAGUGAUGGGUCCUUUGUUUACAUACCUAAGGGUACUAGAUGCCCUAUGCAGAUUUCAACUUAUUUUAGGAUUAACGCGUUUGAAACGGGGCAAUUCGAGAGGACUUUGAUUGUUGCUGAUGAGGGUAGUUUUGUGGAGUAUUUGGAAGGGUGUACAGCACCUUCAUAUGACACGAAUCAGUUGCACGCGGCUGUGGUUGAGUUGUAUGCUGAUGAUGAUGCGGAGAUUAAGUACUCUACAGUACAGAAUUGGUAUGCUGGUGAUGAAGAAGGGAAAGGUGGGAUUUACAAUUUUGUUACCAAGAGAGGAUUGUGUUCAGGUGAAAGGUCAAAGAUAUCGUGGACUCAGGUCGAGACAGGGUCGGCUAUUACUUGGAAGUACCCGAGUGUUGUAUUGGAGGGUGAUUACUCGGUUGGGGAGUUUUAUUCCGUGGCAUUGACAAAUAAUUACCAACAAGCAGAUACUGGGACGAAGAUGAUACAUAAGGGUAAGAAUACUAGAAGUAGGAUCAUCUCCAAGGGUAUAUCGGCAGGGCAUUCGAGGAAUGUGUAUAGAGGUCUAGUUCAGGUCCAGUCAAAGGCAGAUAACGCGAAGAAUUCCUCACAGUGCGAUUCUAUGCUUAUUGGGGAUAAAGCUGCUGCAAACACCUAUCCAUAUAUUCAGGUAAAGAAUCCUACAGCACGGAUCGAGCACGAAGCUAGCACAUCCAAAAUCGGAGAAGACCAGCUCUUCUAUUUCCAGCAAAGAGGGAUUGAUUAUGAAAGAGCAAUGGCUGCCAUGAUUUCUGGGUUUUGCAAGGAUGUCUUCAAUGAGCUUCCUGACGAGUUUGGUGCUGAAGUCAAUCAACUUAUGAGCAUCAAACUUGAAGGUUCAGUUGGUUAACACACUUUUUUUAGAUGGACAAAAGUGUUGUAUAUAUUUUGUUUCCAAAAACAUGUGAUGUAUUUUAUGUUAUGUUACAAAUUUGUGGGAAAUAAUACUUGUAUUUUACUCUGUACUCUUCAAGACUUCAACCAGUAAACAGAUUUUACUCUGUAAAGCAUGUAUGUUUCAGUAUAAUGUGAUGAUAAGUGAUAACUAGUGUUUGGCCCGGGCAAUGCCCCCGCUUUUCUUACUUUGAACAUCAUA